AUGAGCAACCACCCUUCUAAGAUCAGCGGCCAGUGGGAGACCGCCAAGGGCGCCGUCAACGAGGCCUACGGCAAGAUGGUCGGCAACGAGAGCAUCCGCGCCCAGGGCGUGGCCCAGAAGGCCGCUGGCCAGGCUGAGCUCGCCGCCGCCCGCUCCAAGCAAGCCACCGACGCUGCCUGCGACCAGAUGGUCGGCACCGCCAAGGAGGCUGCCGGCCGCGCCGCUGGCGACAAGAAGCUCGCCGCCGAGGGCCACCUCCAAGGCAUGAAGGGCGACUUCAACCGUGCCACCAACAUGUAA